UUGAAGUCAACCUAUCGAAUUAAAUUUACCAAUGGUGACCAAUUUAAACUGGACACACCGUUUAAACUGAUUACAUUCCAUUCGGUUCAAAUCCUGUAUUCUAUUCUUAAUUGAACCUUAAGACCAACUUGACUUUUAUUUUGCAAAUUUUUUUGCUUUUCUCUAGCUAACUUUUUUGGAGCUCUUUUUUGUUUAUAAAAAUUGCAAUAGAAACUUAACUGUUUCUUCAAAAAUGCCAAAACGUUCGUUUUCAUGCUCGAUGCAGAGCAAUGAUGAAGGCCAGUUUUUGAUUAACAACUUGAAAGACUCGAAGGAUUCAGGCAAACAAACUGGGCCGAGAAAAGGGGCGCAGGAGGGCUCUUGGACCCCAACUUUGUGUCUGUCUGCUUUCAGUGCUGUGAUUGGUGCAGCCUUGCCUAUGGGAUAUAACAAUGGAGUCCUGAACACGCCUGAGGAUAUAAUCAAGAACUUCUUUAAUCAGUCCCACUUACGCGAACACGACACCCCUUUCAAGCCUGACAAUCUCAACUUCAUGUGGAACCUCACAGUUGCCAGUUACUGUCUAGGAGCUCCUUUAGGCUGUCUGUUUGGCUCCUGGAUUGCAGAGAGGAUUGGAAGGAAGUCUUCGCUUCUUUAUCUGAACAUACUUCUGGUGGUUGGGGGACUGUAUCAAGUUGUCUGCUCCGAAGCGGGAUUUAAUCGGUAUCAAUUGUUUAUAGCUGGACGAGUCAUCAAUGGUUUCAAAGACGGCGCUGCUUGUGUCGUGUGUCCCAUGUAUCUCUCCGAAAUAGCCCCGAAUAAAAUCCGAGGCGGCAUCGGACUAAUGUUCCAACUGGCAGUCGUGUUCGGUACUCUUCUCGCGUCACUUCUCGGCUGUGAAAUCUGUCUCGGAACUGAAAAUCGGUGGCCCUUUUUGUUUGAUGUUCUACUCGGUUUUGGAUGUCUGCAAUGUAUUCUUCUAUCUCUAUGUCCCGAAAGUCCUCGGUUUAUUUUGAUCAAGCAGGGUAAUGCAGUCCUGUGUGAAAGUGAGUUGCGCCGAUUGAGGGGCGAUGGAUGUGACUUAGCGGCAGAGAUGCACGAGAUCAUUGACGAGGACAAGAAACUCAAGUCGGAACCGACAAGGACUCUCAAAGACUUCUUCCUCAUCAGAUCUCUGCGCAAGCCCCUCAUCCUGGCAUGUUUCAUGUCUCUGUCUCAGCAGCUGUCUGGAAUCAAUUCCAUGGCCACUUUCUCCGGAUCCAUCUUCAAGGCCGCCCUCAGCUCUCAGGUUCAGAAGAAAAGUGACCUAAAGAACUACAUGGUGGUGGCGAUGUGGGGUGUCAGUUUCCUCUUCACCCUAGUUGCAGUUCCCUUAGUUGACAGGGCAGGGCGCAAGGUCUCUCAUCUCACAGGUCUCAUUGGAAUGACUGCAUGCAGCUUGGUAGUGUCAUUUUUACUCAGCGACCUGCGAACUUCAGACGACCAAAACUGCCCUGGCAUCAAUCUGGACAAAUACCCCUGGACAAACUACCUCUCAGUAACCCUUCUCUUCAUCUACCUUAUCUUCUUCGCCAUUGGACCCAGUUGCGUACCGUGGAUGCUGACUCCGGAACUAUUCACAGUCGGGACAGUAUCCACCGCGGCUUCAAUCGCUGGAAUCGUAAACUGGCUUGCCAACUUUUCAGUCCAGUUUGGGUUUGGAACUUUACUGGAUUACUUAUGCGGCUGGGUGUUCUUAAUUUUCGUCGGGUUCAUGUCGUUUUUUAUUGUGUAUUUGAAAAUACAUCUACCUGAGACAAAAGGGAUGGCGAUAACUGAAAUUGUAGCACUUUUUGAAUGAUCACGUGAUGCUAUCCUGUAAUCAAAUUUAUGUAAGUUGGGCACUCAAAAAUUAUUAUGAUAUCUAAUGAUGACUUCGAAAGAAACUAGCUUAGAUAAUUUAUCAUUGAAACUGUCUUAGUUUUAAUUUCUUAACAUAAUAAGGCUCUCAUAUGGUGUUUUUUCCGCUUUAUUAGGACGCUGCCAUUUUUUAAGGUUUCAUGAAUAUGCUGGAGCGGAUUAAGGGGGGCGGGGAGGGGAUGGAGAACCCUUCUCAUCAGGGAGCCGACCCACUGCCAAACAAAAGGGUCCACCUUUGUACUAAUUUGAGAUAUCCAUUUUUGUUGACAGAACCUAAAAGUUUUCUUAUGGCGCCUCUGGGCCUAAUUUUGAGAGAGGAGCGCGCGCCAAAAAAAAAACACUUUUGGACUUGUUUUGGUCAAAAAUUUCCAAAAAAUGCCUAAAAACAACCAUUUUGACUUGUUUUUCAAAUAUUUUGCCAGAAAUUUUGCCCAAAACAGGGUCUUUUU